AUGGACGUCGAGUCUGGGCGGCUGGCCCACCGGCACCCACACCACGGCAGGCCACCAUACGCGCACUUCGCCAAAGACUCACCGGCAGUGAGGAAGCAUCCUCAUCCAUCUUUCGCUCAGCACCGCGGACGCAGCUGCUUCAACAGACGAACAGCGAAUGAGUGUUACAGCUUACUCUCGCUCGAUGACAAGUGCCUUGUCACAGCCUACGUUCUGGUCGUCCUGCUCUGCUGUCUCUUCUUUGCUCUGAUCGGGGUGGCCAUCUAUGCCACUGCGCUCUUCCUCGCCCUUCCUGAUUACGCCGACUUCACCACGGAGCCAGAUUCCUCUUCAUCAUCUUCAUUCGAUCCGAGCCUUCGCCUGCCACGAUUAGGCGGUAAGGGCUUCUUCAUCGUUGGCGCGCCACCACACUCUUCUCUCUUCAUCGACGAUUCAGAUGGAUCAGUGCACAUCUUCCACGGCAUCUCCUACGUGCUGCGCAAAUGGUCCACCGACGCAUCGACGGACCUGGCCACGUCGCGAUCGCGUGGUGGAUCAUCAUCAAGUAGCGCCAUUAAUCGCGAUUCCCCAAAAUGGCGCCAAGCGCCCACUACACAAGAUGAAGAGAUCGAGCGACACAUGCAGGCUAUCGCCGGGCUGGGCCUCAACCUGGUGCGGCUGGGAGUGCAGUGGGCCGACUACGAGCCCAAGCGCGGCCACUACGACCCGUCCUAUGUGCGUCUCGUGCGCCACGCCGUGGAUGCCGCUGCUCGACAGGGUCUGCGCGUCCUCAUCUACUCUCACCAGGUCAUGCUGUCAGCCAAGCUGUGCGGGGAGGGGUUCCCCGACUGGGCCGUGUUGCCGUCCGUGUCGGGUGACAACGUGCGCAGCAUGGGCAAGACCUUCGACGACUUCUUGGAUCGAAUCGAUCGGCUGAGAUCCGGCCUUUACAAUGAUCACGAUGGCGAUGGCGAAGACGAUGACGAAGUCGAGGCGUGGGACUGGAUUCAUGGGGUCGACGACCAGGGCCAAGAUCACCCACAGUCGGAUCAGCAGGAGGACAUCGGAAUGGAGCUUCCCGAGUACUGUCCGGCUUGGCUCGCCCCUUCCUACUACUUCACCCCACAAGUGGCCUCGGCGUACCAGAACUUCUACUUGGGGCAGCAGGGCACGAUGCACCGCUUUGGUGCCUGGUGGGCCGACGUGGCGCGCCGCUUCAGCGACGACCCGGCGGUGAUCGGGUAUCAGCUCCUGUCGCAGGCCUUCGCGGGUGACUACUACCACUCGCCCGCGCUGCUCCACCCGGGCGAGAACGACGCGCGCAACCUCGCCGCCGUCUACGCGUUCCUCUCGAUGCAGAUCCGGCGCGUCGACACCGACCACCUCAUCUUCUUCUCCGACACCUACGCCGUGCCGCUCUCGCGCUCCAUGUCGCCCACAUCGUCGUCAUCGUUGUCGGCGUCGACACCGUCGGCCGGCGCCGCGUACUCAUCAACGGCCAGCCGGGACUCGCUGGUCACGCACGCCGGCGUGGGCUUCACGCGACUACCCAGCGCGACCUUUGGCCGCGGCGGCCGUAUGCAGCGCGAGUGGUGGGCGGAGGGCGACGGCGACGGCGACUGCGAACACAACGACGACGACUGCGAUGACGAUGACGGCGCGGGGCGGAAGCAGGCCGGCAAGGAGGUGCUGGCCUUCUCCUACGAGUGCUGGUACUUUGACCAGACAGACCCGUUUCCCGUGCCGGCCUACCAAGAGACCUGCAACCUAUUCAAGGGCGAAGACCUGUUGGGCUACAGGAAGCGGGACGCGCGGCGGCUGGGCAGCGGCCUGUUCGUCCACGGGCUGGGCGGCUGCGGCUCGUCGCGCGAGGAGCGCAGCUGCGAGUACCUCGUCGAGGAGGCCAACGCGGGCUCGCUGUCGUGGAGCUACGGCCUCGAUCAAGACCACGACGAGGUGCGACGCGUGCUCGACGCCGCCGCCGGAGGCGAGACGCAGCUGCGACGACUGCUGAGCCGGCCUUUCGCACGCAAGCUGGCCGGCGUGCCCCGAUCGUCGACCUUCGACCCCAAAACGCGCCACUUCACCCUCGCCUUCUACCCUUACGCCCAAGAGCGAGGUGGGAAAAAGGCGAGUGGUGUGACAGAGAUCUACCUUGACGAGGAGCUGCACUACCCGCAGGGGUACACGGUAAGCGUGUUCCCCCUGCUCCUCGAACACGCGGCAGUGCCGGAGAAGAACAUCCUGCGCCUAUCGCUCCGAGCCGAGUUCGGUCAGGGCAGGUUCGAACCGGGCGAGGUUGUGGUGACCAUCGCCCCCAAAAAGUGA